CUCUUGUUUCUGAACGCACCAGUCGGCCAAGAGCGCGCUUCGAGGACAGACGCGCGCGCGUUCCGAAAUUUUAAAAAUUCCCGCUGAUAAAUUAAAAAGUUUCUUACUUUGAGUUUGUUCUGUGGAUUUAGUGUUGUGUUUUCGUGGUUAGUGAAAAACUAUACAGGACGGUUUUGUUUUCCUGUUUCGUUUUAAUGAGUUUCCACGUCCAGUUAUAGCCCGGUGACUGACAAAGGGCCGGCACCAUGCUGCAGCAGAUCCUGCGGGACAUGUGGGUGGACCCGGAGAUCCUGGCCGAGCUGGAUGAGGCCCAGAAACAGACGCUGUUCUGCAAGAUGCGGGAGGAACAGGUGCGGCGGUGGCAGAUCUGGGACCAAAAGCUCUGCAAAGAAGAAACGACGGACAGGCCUAAGAAGAAUGGGAAGAAGCAGGUCAAGUUCUUGCACGGAGAAGAUGGAGAACCAUGGGUCUGGGUGAUGGGCGAGCACGCCAACGACAAGUCCAUAGAGAGCAUCCUGGAAGAGGAGACCCGCGCGCGCGCACUCGCGCAGGCGCGGCAGGAAGCGCACCAGCUACGAAAGUCCGUUGAGAAGGAGCUCACACAACUCAUCGACUACCGGCCUCUGGAUAGUCUGGAGCAGAAAUUCGACCUAUCCCCCAAAAAUGUCGAAUCUAUAGAAGACGCCUUGGAAAUCUACUGCACAGUGGACGAUUUGCGGCAGCGGAUCGCAGCGCUGGAGCCCGAGGUGAAGGAGAAGUCCGGGGGAAAAGAGAAGGACUACAGCGACGACAUGAAGCUGGACCUUAAUAAGAAUACUUUGCAUUUCAACUUUAUCGAGGGGAAGAGAGAUGGGUUACAGGACCUGUCUCCAAACAGCGCCACAGACGGUGUCAGUUCACGCGUGCUCGCAUGGGAGCGACGCGUGGCGGGUGCGAGAGCUGGUGAAUUACUGCGUGGAAUCAAAGCUAGAAGAGCCCGCUCUAUGCGAGACGCUACGCUUAAUGCGCAGGAUGACGCAGCCUGGCGGGAGCAAGAGCGUAAAGCCAAGGAAGCGGAAGCCGCGAUGCGGGAGAUAGCGCGCGCCGCGCGCGAGGCGCACCGCCGCUCCGCCGAGCCCGCGCCUCCGCCGCCGCCGCCCUGCCCCAGCCAAGCUGGAAAGCCUCCAAGCCGAGAAGCGGUGGUGGAGUGGUUCCGCAGCCAGGAGCUGCCUCAAGGCGUGGGGCUCGACGAGAACAGCAAACCCGUCAACUGGUUCCAUGGUCUCAUCACCCGGACCGAGGCGGAGCAGCUCCUGUCGCGCUGCCUGCCGGGCGCGUUCCUCGUGCGCGUGUCGGAGCGCGUGUGGGGCUACGCGCUCUCGUACCGCGCGCCGCACGCGCGCUGCAAGCACUACCUCGUCGAGCGCGUGCCGCAGGGGUAUCGGUUGCUGGGGGAUAGCCAGGCCACGCACAAUAGCUUAGCUGAUCUCAUAGCGCACCACAAGACGGUGGCCAUCACGGAGAACGGCGGCGAGCUGCUCACCACAGUCUGUCCCCACCAGCAGCCGCCCGCCAUCUUGGAGGCGCUCUAGCCACCCUUGACCACACAAGUCACAACCGUAUCACAGUGGAUCGCGCCCUACUUGUGGCUGGACAUGACAAAUUCGAGGGGUAGGUAGGUGGACAAACCCAAUAAGCCGAGAUAUUUUUUCAUUAAAAUUCUUUGGAGUUCUUAUUUGAAUAAAAAAAUAUCGACUUAUCGGGUUUGAUGGCUCACCCCUCGAUUUUCUGUUUUUCGACGAUAACUUUUUAUUGUCCUCACAAAAAUCUAUGAAAUUUGAGAAUCUGUUCAGGACUAUCUCACCCAAAAUGUACGAUUCUUUGUCAACAUCAUUAUUAUUGGGCUAGAGCAGCGGUCGGCAACCUUUUAGCAGCCAAGGGCCACAUAGUAGUUAACGAAGUUGACGCGGGCCGCACUUUUUUAAUAUUGACGACUUUAUUAGACAUUUGUCGGUUGUCAAUGUUACAUACUAAAGAGCCAGGGAGGCUCGCGGGCCGCUUGUUGCCGACCGCUGGGCUAGAGCGUCGCUUACGAAUCGUUACUCUUUCAAUAGUUCUGGUAAAGUUAGAAAACCAAUCUUUGGUCUUAUGGUCUAUUGUAGGUCCCUACUUCAUGGCUUGACUUAAGUUUGCGCCCCACUAAAAUUGGCUUCCUAGCGUUCUCAGAUAUAUUAAAAGAACCCUUAAACUCUGAACCAUUUUUGCUUUAGGUGUGACGUCAGUUAAGUUAGAAACGUCUUUUUCACUGAUGGUUUCUGGAUACUGUAUAUGUUGGAGUCUUUUUCAAAAGCGCUAACUUCGUGUUACUGUUCUAUGUAAUUUAGAAGUUAAGGAAUAAGCUGUUAGAAAGACAUCUCAAAUAUUGAGUCACAUUUUAUUUUGUAGAUCAAACUGGGACCAUUUCUACGAGUCAUGUAUAUUUAGAAGUAAGUUAUGUCUGUAAUAUUAUAAGAUUUGACCGCUAAGUAUGUAUUCUUAAGGACGUGAUACCUAUAGGUAGCGAAGAAAGGGCUUUUGUAUUCUAAAGCUAAACCUAUUCAUUUGUUUAAUAUUCGAAAAAAUAUUUGUUAAUUUUUGAAGUGAAAGCUUCUUUAGGGGCGCUGUGCACUUUUUGUGAUGGGGAAAAAAUGUUAAACUCGUAACAGGUGUCACGUGACCGUAAGACGUAAGACUCUCAUUGAGUUUUCACUUCUGCCGGCACUCCCGGAGUGCAACCCGUUGUUUUUUUUUAGAUACGAAAUAUUGUCUCCUACUUUUUAACUUCUGGUAACAAUAUUUAGAAGAAAGCCAUAAAAAGUCCUAAUAAGAAGUUAGUCUCGAAUAAAUAUUGUUUAUACUCAGGUAUCAACCUAGCAUUUACUUGUAUGAAUUGUUUUAUUAUAUUACUUUAUGUUAAUUGUUGAGAGGCCUUUAAUUUGCAAUAUGAAAUAGCGUACUUUUGGUGCUAAAAAAACUAUUGGAUAAAUAAGUACUUUAAUUAGCUCUAUGAUUUUGAAAUAAAAAAAAAAGUCUUGUAUUUGUCGCACGGACUUCCAUACGCUGCACCUUGGAUGUUGCCAGCAGUUUCCCGCGUUAAUGAACAAAUGUUAGAUUUAAUGUAAUAUUUAUUGUGAUAAUUACCACAUCUGCUUCAGUAUUAUUUAAAUUGCUUUCUCUAAGCGAAGCCCGGAUUCUAACAAGCCAAAGUGAAAUUCAAAUUAGAUACGGAGUUCUCAGCUUCUACGAGUUAAGAUCUAUAUGAAUAUUUUUAAACGAUCUAUAUGCCAUUGUCGUUUGUAGAUAGACCAUAGAUCUACGAUAUUGUACUCUAAACUGCCAACUAGAUUAAAAAAUAUGUCAAUUAA